GGCCUAAACUGUGCCAAAGGUCGAGGUCGCGGGUUCGAGUCCCGCUCCGGCCAUGGCGCCGCGGGCCGUGAUCUUCGGCCUCAGCGGGGUCCUGCUCCGGCCGGGCCUGCAGCACUUCCUCAGCGCCUGCGAGCGAGACUGGAACCUGCCCAGGGGUUUCCUGGAGGCCGCUCUGGACUCGGGGGGAUCCCAGAGCCCCAAAUCCCGAGCGCUGCGGGGGCAGAUCAGCCUCAGCCAGCUGCAGGAGGAGCUGGAGCGGCGCUGCCGGGCGGCUCCGGGCGCCGCCGUUCCCGUUCCCGUUCCCGUUCCCGUUCCCGUUCCCGAGGGAUUUUCGGCCUCGCGGCCGUUCCGGGAGCUCCGGAGCCGCUCCCGGCUGGAGGCGCCGCUGCUCAGGGCGGCACAAACGCUCCGGGAACACGGGUUCCUGACGGCCGUCGUGGCCAACUGGUGGCUGGACGACACGGCCGGGAGGUCCCGCACGGCGGAGCUGCUGCAGGAGCUGCGCCGAACCUUCCACCUGGUCCUCGAGUCCUGCCGGGUCGGCGCCGCCAAGCCCCACCCGGACAUCUACAGCCGCGCCCUGAAGGAGCUGGGGGUGCAACCCCACGAGGUGAUUUUCCUGGAUUGCUGUGAGCGGGACCUGGGCCCGGCGCGGGCUCUGGGGAUGGUCCCGGUGCUGGUGCGGGACACGGGAUCCGCCCUGAGGGAUCUGCAGCGGAUCACCGGGAUCCAGCUGCCGGGCCGGGAUGUGGCACUGCCGGCGGCCGUGGAGCCCCACGAGGUGGCGCACGGAUACGUCCAGAUCCGGCCGGGAGUGCGUUUCCACUUUGCCGAGCUGGGUCAGGGCCCGGCGAUCGUCCUGUGCCACGGAUUCCCCGACUGCUGGCUGGCCUGGCGCUUCCAGCUGGCGGCUCUGGCCGGGUCGGGGUUCCGCGUUUUGGCGCUGGAGAUGAAAGGGUUCGGAGAGUCCUCGGCACCGCCCGACGUGUCGGAAUAUUCCCAGGAGCGAAUCUGCCAGGAUUUCAUCACUUUCCUGGAUAAACUGGGGCUCCCUCAGGUGGUUCUGAUUGGCCACGACUGGGGCGGGGCCAUGGCCUGGAACGUGGCGCUCUUCUACCCCGAGCGCCUGCGGGCGGUGGCCUCCCUGAACACGCCGUUCCGUCCGGCCCAGCCCGACUCCGACCCUCUGGAGCAGCUCCGGAGGAUCCCGAACUUCGACUAUCAGCUCUACUUCCAGCGGCCGGGGGUGGCGGAGGCGGAGCUGGAGAAGGACAUCGGGAGGAGCCUGAAAAUCCUGAUCCGAUCCAGCGAGGCCGAGGAUCGACUCCCGCUCGAGCUCGACUUCCGCCGCGUCCAGGAGAGAGGGGGGCUCCUGGUGGGGCUCCCGGAGGAUCCCCCCGGCAGCCGCCUGCUGCCCCCCCCGGCGCUGGAUUACUACGUCCGACAGUUCCGCACCUCCGGCUUCCGGGGCCCCCUGAACUGGUACCGGAACGUCCGAGAGAACUGGAGCUGGGCCCUGAGCGCCCGGGGCAGGACGAUCUCUCUCCCGGCGCUGUUGGUGACGGCGGGGAAGGAUCCGGUGCUGCGGCCCCAACUCAGCCACGGCAUGGAGACAUGGGUGCCGAAGCUGCAGCGGCGCCACCUGGAGGAGUGCGGCCACUGGACACAGCUCGAGAGGCCGGCGGAGCUGAACCGGAUCCUGCUGGAAUGGCUGCGGGAGCUGCCCCCGGAGCCGCUGCCGGGAAAUUCCAAACUCUGAGCACAAUUCCCGAAUUUCCGGGAAUUUUCCCAGGAAUUCCGACUUUUCCGGGAGAAUUUGUUCCAGGAAUUUCAGUUCUUGUGUGGGAAUUUUUUCCAAGAAUUUUUCCCAGGAAUUUCAAAUUUUUAGGGGGAAUUUUCCCUGGAAUUCCAAGUUUUCUGGGAGAAUUUGUUCCAGGAAUUUCAACUUUUUUUGUGGGAAUUUUUUCCAGG